GCCAAGUUCAGCUUCGCGGUCGCAUUUCGGUAGUCAAGAUGGCUUCAACUCUUGCUAUGGGUCUGGGUGUUGCUACGGCCGCUUUCUUGGGCCGCGCUGGCCUCGUUGCCUUCCGCCGCUACAGGGGAGGAGUGAACAGCAUGGGCAAGGCAUUCUACAAGGGAGGAUUCGAACCGCGAAUGACCCGGCGUGAAGCGGCAUUGAUCUUGGAAUUACCUGAACGAACUCUCACCAAGGAUAAGGUGCGCAAGAAGCAUCGCCAACUGAUGCUCCUCAACCACCCGGACCGGGGCGGAAGCCCAUAUCUGGCCACUAAGAUCAACGAAGCGAAGGAAUUCCUGGAUAAACACGUUUAAGACGACAAAAGUGGAGCUGGGAUUGAAAGGAGAUCGCUACAUAGAAUCGCGUUCUGUCUACUGUACGAGGGAUACUUCUUUGAGCAUAGCAUGGCGUUGGGUUGGAAUUCGAAGGAGGGAAUAUCUUUUUUAUAAUGCUGUACCCAGCUGUACAAUGGUGUAUAUACUUUUGAUGAGAUCGCCACUCUUCGUUAUUCUUAUUAUCGCGGUUCUUUUCUCUAGGCGCUACCAAUUUCCACCGUACAACGCCAAGCGCCAGAAACACGAGAAAUAAUAAUUGAAUAAUUGCAUCAGCUACUCCAUAC